AUGACCUUGCUUCACAUUGAGGAGACUCUUCUUCAGCAACACUCCAUGAGAAUUGUGUAUUUGUCCAUUUUUCUCACAUUGAAUGGAUCCGAUGAUACCGCGAAUCGGGAUCAUUUGGGGAAUGUGGUUUCUGAAUUCCUUGUAUCCACUCAGCAUUUGAUAUUUAGGCAAGAAAUGGUUGCAUUUAUCUACCCAGAUGAUGAUGAUGAUGAUGACGGCUCGUCGCAGCAAACUAUCUCUUCUUCUUCAUCAUCUCAGGAAGUCCAACUCCUGCUAGUGCUUCAUCCUCAAUGCCGCCAGUUUCGCUUUCUUGUUUCCUCUCAGCUUCUCAUCCCAGCAGCAGACAAUAGACUUAUCUUUGGGGACUUUGUUGAUUCUCUACUCAAGCUUCUCUGGAACCUGCUAAUCCAUGACACUGAUUCUACAGACAUCCUUAACCAUCAAAUGCAAAAACUCUUCGGGGGACUCACAUUCUUGCAAACCCUCAUGAUUCAGCAGCCAAGUAAGUUUGAUGAGCUAUAUAAGAAGAUGCAUGCCCUUAUUGAACUUGUGGUUUGCGAGGCUGGAAUUAUCGUUAUCCAUCUUUCUGCAAAAGAAAAAAGAAGCCUCUUUAAGAGAUUGGAGAUUCUGUUUUCAAAAACCGAGAAAUAUUUUUUUAAGCUUAUUGAGGCUGUAGAAGAGGAAGACACACAACUGAUGUUGGCCUCCGAAUUUCCUCAGACCAACCAGCUUGGUUUUACGGAUUCUCUCUUGAUGGAACUAAAGUCGAAGAUGAGUGCCUGUGAUGCUGAUUCAACAGUUUCUUCAGCCAAGGAUAAGCUUCAAGCACUCCAUGGUGAUCUUACCUAUCUAAGAUCUUUUCUGGUUAUGUUGCUGUCUGACCAAAAUCCGGAGUUCCAAUCUCUCCGGAGUAGCAUUGCUGCCGUAGCCUAUGAGACAGAAUUUGCCCUUGACUCUUUCACAGUUAAAGCCGAUCUCGGGAGUUUUAUUAAGAUGCUAAAUGACAUCAUAGGAGCUGUCAAAAUCAGGAGAAGGUUGUUACUUGAGAUUUUGAAUGGACUCGGUGUUAAUUUUGCUGGCAAGCAUUUAGAAAUGAAUGAAGAUGAUUUGGCUCAUAAGGUCUCACAACAGUUGAGGGGGAAAAAGUAUCUCAUUGUCUUAGAUGAUGUUUGGGAUAUUGAAGCAAUGGACAGUUUGAGAGGUUCAUUUCCAAAUGAUGCCAAUGUAAGUAGAAUAUUGUUAACAAGUCGACAUCAUAAUGUGGCAUUGCAGAUCAAACCAGAUAGGGAACCUCACAAUCUUCGCUCCCUCACAAGUCAUGAGAGCUGGGAACUGAUGCGGAAGAAGGUAUGUUUCGAUUUCAAAGCAGAUAAAGAACUACUUGCGCGUGCAGAGGCAAUAGCGCACAAUUGCAAUGGAUUGCCGUUGAUGAUUUUAGUUGUGGCUGGACUUCUUUCUAACAUGGGGCCAGACACUUGGGAAGAAGCCGAAGAAAGCAAUGCUUUCUUUACUUUGGGUUCUUUCAAGAGGACCAACAAAUUCCUGUUCGCGAGUCAUUAUGGCUAUGGAUGGCUGAAGGAUUUUUGCGUUCUUCCAGAGGAAAGGUCAAAUCUUGCGUUCUUCAAGACCUGUUACGUGACUUCUGCAAGGCAAAAAUGCAAUGAAGAACAUUUUCUGUGUUGCUUACACGGUCCUGAGAUUGGUAUUUGCACCGAGGAUCCAAGCAUAUUAUACAGGUUGCGCGUUUACUCUGGGAAAGAUGAGGAUCUUGCUGAUUUUAGGCUGCUUGGUCCUCGUUUACGCACUUUGUUCGCCACGUCUGAUGUCAACUUACUGGAUCAACGACACUGGUAUGAACAGUUGUCGUACUGGUUGAAGCAGUCCAAACUUUUAACAGUUUUGGGACUGAGAAACUUCUACGUGGGCGUACUGUUUCCGGCAGAAAUAGAGUCCAUUUGUUCACUUGAAGUACUUGACAUUGGAAAUAUCAUGUGA